GGCGGCCAAAAGAUCGCGGAAUGGACACCGUGCAGAUCCGCUUCGGACGGCCGCAUGCGUCGCUCGCCCGGAUCGGCGGCGCCGACGCUGACGAGGCUACUCCUCUAUCUUUAUCGCCGCUGCACCGACCGGCGCCGUCGCCGGUGCGUCGGGCGUCCACGUCGCGGGUGACGAUGCUCGACGCUGAGGCCGUGACAGCAAUGCGAAUUGAGACGAGCGUCGUGUGCCGCCCGAGCAGCGGGUUUGUCCCGACCGUCGUCACGGUGCCCAAGGUGACCCGCAUACCGCCGCCGCGCCCAGCUGCAAUCGUGAUACCAACACCGCCGACAACGCCGUUUGCUCGUGCAGCCAAGGCAAAGCCUCGCCGUGUCGUAGUGGACACGCCUCUCUCGCCGCCGCCCGCCGUGCUCUACACGCUGAAUCAACCGCCAAAGCGGCGCCGCUCUGUCGUCGACGCUCCACCGGUCCACGCCGAGGUCGAGGCCUCGAGCUUCUCCCGCGAACACCUUCGAAAAAAAGAGCACGACCGGUGGACGGCUGCCGUUCGGUGGCUCAAGGACGCCCACUACGCCGAUGCGCAGACGAAGGAAAAGACUGCGAGCGAAGCUGCCAAGCGCCAGCAUCUUGUCGACAUGGCCAAGACCGUCCGCGAGCAAAACUUCAAGCGCUUUACAAAGCAAACACCGGCGCCGCCAAAGCAACUUCGGCCCAGUCGGACGCCGACCGCAGUCGUUGCGCUGCCGCCUAAGAAACCCCCGGUGCCACGGCUCGGGAAGCGUCGGUCGACCAAAAGCGCUGCACCGCCCUCGCCCGUCAGCAACCAGCAAGAGAUGGCACCGCCGCCGGCACCCGCCGUACCCAAGAGAAAAAAGCGACCUGUUGCGACAAGAAAGCCCGUCGACGUCGCCAAUACAGUGGACGAGACGACGAGAGCGUCGUUGGACGCUCGCCGCGCAACCGCGCGGGUGUUUAUGGAGCAGCAAAAGCAGCACCGUGACGAGCAGCGGCGGCGUGAGCGGCAGCUUGAAGCCGAGCACGCACGCGCGCGCCACGCCAAGCUCCAGCACGUCGAGACGGUUCGGCUCCAGCGGCUUCGCGACUCGGUGGCGCUGGCUAAAAAGACCAAGUAUAUGGAGACACUUGUACGUACCCAGACGCAGUCGACGGCCGAGCAUGCAAUGAACUUGGACCUGCGGCCACCGGCGGGACGAGCGUUCUGGCCGACAGAAGUCGACAACUCCGAUAACGGAAGCGUCGACACGGAGAACCGAUCGGACACGAAUCCGUGGCCCAUAUCGCCGCCCAACAAUCCACCGGUCGACGACGGCACGCAGUCGGAAGCCGAACACGACGACGAGAGCGACGAUGCGAGCAACAACAGUAGCGACGACGACGGCGCAAGCACCGAGCCAGAAGACGCGUCGAUGCUGCGCAAGCUCUAUGCUCUCAAGCAGCUCACCGACUCGCUGACGAACCGCUUGUCGCAGCUGUCGCAGCCACCAAUCGCACCACCGCCUGCCAUCGUGCCGGUUCAGUGGCAGGACACGGCAACGGCCGAGAUGGAGGAGCGCAUCGAAGCUGCGCUCGAGAUGUACGCGCCACAAGCGCUACCGGCACCGUUCAAACCGCCCGUCUAUAUCCCCGCCGAGGCCGCGGUGCCGUCGUCCGUGUCGUCGUCGGCGUCAUCGCUCGACGCCAGGGCGUAUUACCGACCAACGCUUAUUGCCCAAGAGGCUCCGGACGCCUCCGACCGUUGGUCAACGACAGAACGUGCGGCAACGCGCAUGCCGGUCGCAAACAACCAAGAGACGAGCGAAGACGACGACAGUGACGGAGCACCGUCCUGGCGACGCCGACCGUCUCUCGUCGACGAGCGACCACCCUCGGCUUGGCGCGUGUCGCCGAUGCUGCCGCCGCCCAGCAGUGCGUUCCAAAGACUUGUGCGUGAGACGGACGACAAUGAUGAUGACGAUCUCGACCGUCUCAUUGCAGCCUCGAGAGACGCAUACAGUGUCGUCGAUAUGUUUGCGCAAGAGCUUUUGCGGCAGCAACAAGACCAGCAAGCGCUUCGAUCGUCAACGCCUCGGUUCGAAGCCGUCGAGGACAUUGAAGACGACCACUACCAAGAGCAGCGCAGCAGUUCCAUGACGUCGCCGGACGAUACGUACCUCCGUUUCGGCAGCGGCAACUAUGACGGCGUUGACGCUUCCGGACACGAUGACUGUCCAGCCGCGUAUUCGGACCGUGCUCACAUUUUGAUUCACACCAAGGGAGUCAAAGACGGUGACGGGUCUGACGAGGACGCUCGAAACGACGGCAUACCGAAUGACGGUGCUCGUGACGGCAUGGCGCAGUACACAGUGGACCCUGACGUUGAAGCCCUCUUGAGCGAAGCACACCGGAUCCUGUCGCACGAGGCCCCCGAGACGACACCGCCUCGUGCGUAUUGGGACCACAUGCUUCUCGAGGACGACGAGGUGACACCAGCGCUGCAUCGACGUCCGCGCGUCACGAUCGUCACCGAGGAGGAGGACGCUGUCGUGGCGCAGCGGCGGCAGUUUUCACCGCGGACUCUAUCCCGGCAACUGCUCGCGGCGGUCGAGUUUCAGGAGACUCUGCACGAAGCUCAGAUGCACCUCGAGUCGCUCGAGCACGCGCACGACGUCCAAGAGACGCAAGACGAGACGCUGGAUUGGAGUCACUCGGUGCGCGCCGACGUCGACCACCUCUGCGAGUCGCACGCCUUUUUGCAAGACACGCUGGCGUACCAGAGCCAGUUGCACGACGAAAACCUCCUGCGGCAAGCCCGCGACCUCCUCGAGGCGCGGCUCCAAGCACAGCGGAACACGGCCGUGCAAACAGAGGCCGCGCUUCGACACGAUGCUGGCACGGAAGCCACGUGGCGUCAGGACGCUGGCACGAUGGCCGUCGAGGCGCGCGACGGUGGCACGCAGUUUGCGCUCCGGUUGUCCGUGGCAGUGCAGAGCGAUGCACCGACCGUCGACGCCGAGGCAGCGACACCGGCGCAGUGGGCUCACGUCGAACCAACGACGAACGACGACGACGACAACGACGACGAUUACGGCGAGGAAGAGACGUCGACCCCCAAAGCACGGAGCGCAGGCAUGAGCGCCGAGGUGGAAAGUGCAGUCAACGAGAGCCAAGUCUACUCGGACGCGUUCGAAGCCAGCGUGGCACGCCCAGCAUCCGUUGUCGACAACAGUGUCGUUGAAGACGAUGAAGAUUUGGAUGAUGACGCAGCCCCGGGCCUUGCUGUCAGUGACGGAGACGAGGUGGCGGACGACGACGUUGCGUACUCGGAGGGCUUUGAAAGUCCACGGAAGAGCUCCAUGGCCGGCAGCAUCAUCGAGGACGAAGACGAGAACGACGGUGGGAUGGCGGACACGACAGCCGUUGCUGUUGCAUCCGACGACAUUGAUGAUGCCAUCGUCGACGAAGAUGACGCUCCUUUGGACUCGGGCGACGUCAACGACGCUACGGUUGAAGAUGACGAUGUGCCCAUAUAUUCGGACGGCUUUGAAAGUCCGGGAAAACCUCCAGUGACAUCGACACCAACCGACGAGGACGAUCAAGUCGGCGAGGAUGACGCAUACUCGGAGGCUUUUUCCAGCCCACGGAAGCCGAUGUCCGUCGCUGACAGCGUGCACGACAACAGUGCGUCGGGGAGCCCGAGACAUGCGUCGGUCGUCGGCAGUGUCGCCGACGACGCCUACUCGGAGGCAUUUGAGAGUCCGCGAAAAGGGUCGAUUGCCACCAGUGUACCAGACGACGAGGACGUCGACGUGGGCUCGUUCGAGAGCCCACUGCCCGUGCACGAAGCGCACGAAACUGCAGGCGCCCCGACGCCAACAUUGUACACGCCGCUGCCAUCGUAUGCGCCGUCGUUGGCAGUAUCGGCUACACCGAGCCCGCGCGUGGAGGCGUACUUGAGCUCUCUAGCUCAACGGGACGCUGCCAAGGCACAGUACAUUCGCCAUAUUUUGGUGCGCAAAGCGAGCGAAGACAAGCUCUUGGAGCUCCGGUACGCCCGUUUGACGACGACUAGUGCUCUCUCAGCGUGGCAAGUGGAGAUGGAAAAGCUACAUCUCGACGGCGCUCGCACGGCCAACGUUGCCAAGUGCUACGAAGACAUGAUGUGCUAUCCGCCCGAGAGUCAAGACGAGGUCCGCGUCCUGGCCGAGGCGUUUGGUGGCUCAUUUACGACGUGGACGCCGGCGCUUGCACCGCCAUUGGAGCCCCCGGGACAGCCUCGCCCGACAGAAACCACCGUCGGCUCGACCCACGGCAGCAACGAGUAUGCAGACGAGUUUGAAGCAACAUCGAAAGAUGCAUCAAACGAGGUCCUUGACGAUGACGAAAAGGUGGUCGAAGCUAGUGCUCAAGACGACGAAUACAACGACGACGCCUCGGUGCCUGACGACGACGCCUCGGUGCCUGACGACGAUGCAUCGGUGCCGGACGAUGAAGGGACACCACCCGGCGUUGAGGAUGAAACGAGCACCAAGGAUGAAAUCGGCUUGGAGUCAGGUGUCGUGGAAGACGCCAUCGCUGACGUCGAGACGGCCGCGCGUGACGACGACGUUCCCGACGACAUGGAGAUGGACCAAAAUGACAUCGACGAUGACGCUUCGGCCAAAGAAGACGCAGAGAUCUACUCGAGCGACAACUUUGCAGCGCCAUCCGAGGACGUGGUUGACGUGUCGGAGGCACCGGUCGCAGAGGACGACGACCCGGUCGACGAUGUCGCGCCGGUGGACGACGCGCCGGACGACGUCGGUGUUAGUGGUGUUUAUUCAGACGACGAUUUCGAUGAGCACAAGAGCACGGUCGACGAAGCGUCGCAUGCGUACUCGGUUGACGGGUUUGAAGCACCGACCAGCGUCACAGAUGCUUCAGCUGUUGACGUGCCCAGUGCGUCGCUUCCAGCCGACCCACUCGUAGACGACGACGCACCGGUGGAAGCUAGUGAGCCCAAAGACGACAUUGCCGAUGUCCCAUCAGAGACGUCCGAGGUCGAGGGCGAAGUGGAAGAUGACCAUGAAGAUGACGCAUUAGUAGCCGACGAAGAAACGACGGCCCAGGACGACGGCGAGUAUUCGCAAGAUGAGUUUGCGUCCGGUUCAGCUCCGCUGGACACUCCAGUUGUCGCAUCCGAAGCCGACGCCGACGACGGCUACGGCGACGAUUUUGAAUCGAGUUCCAAGAGUGGUUCCGGCGAAGCAGCCAGCAACACAUCGGAGCAGCUGCGGCGAGCGCUGGAUGAGCUCCAACAGACGCACCCGCGGCUCGUAUCGGCAGAAGAAGACGCCAAGUACACUCGGCGCAAACUCCAAGCUCUGGCCCUUCUCGAAGCCAAGAAAAGCGCAAUCGUCGCGGGCACCAAGCUGUCGGAGCUCGCUGCGAUUGACCACUUGGUCACAUACUCGCUGCAGCUCAACGUUCACGACGAAAUUCAAAAGCAAACACCGGUGUUUGUUCCAGUGGCGCAAGACGCAGCAACACCAUUGGCAGCCCCAGCCAUUGCGGCGGUUGCCCCCGAGCCCGACGACUACUCGGACUCGUUCAACGACGACGAAGAGCUCGCCGAUGGUACAGACGACGUCGCUGAGAAUGUUGCGUUGCCCGAUGAGGCGAUUUCGUCAACCCCUGAGGUUGCAGUGCUGGCAUCAAGCUUGGACGAAGGAGAGCAGCGGCUCCAAGCCCUCCAGGAGGCGGUGGCGGCCAAGCAGCAGGAGGCCAUGGCGGUGCAAGCGCUGGUCGCGAAGGAAGAGCGCAAGAUUCUUAUCCACGAAACGAUCGAGACCCUCCAAGUGCAGCUGGAUCAAACCGAACGGCUCGUGGUGUCGGAGGCGGAUCGACUCGCUGCGCUCCAAGCAACCGCCAAGGAUUUAGCUAUUGUCGACGAUGCCCCGACGGCACAAGCCAAUGUCGCCAGCGAUGACGAAGUCGCCGGUAGCCAAGAAGGCGAUGCGUGCAACGACGCGUCGCUCGACGAGAGCUUUUCGUCCGAGAAGGCGGCACCCAUUGCGAGCGCAUCGAUGUUGGCACUGGAAGAAAGUGCCGAGAACGAUCGUUUGGACAAUGACGAUGACACUGACGAUCUCUUGGCCAAUGACGAGGACGGGUCUGUGGAACUCUCUGUCGUCGAUGGCGAGUCGCUUUCGGACGUCGACGUCGCGGACGCAUCCUUUGGAAGUCAAGACGACGACAACGACGACGAGCCAUCUAUAGUGGCGACGCCAUUGGCACUGGAUGUAGAGCCAACGAUCGACGUUGCACCGACAGUCCCACGCCUGGCCGCGACGCCACAAGUCCUCGACGACUCGUUCUCUAGUGUUGUCGACGACGAGCCAUUGAGCGUAAAUCUUCUGGAUGGUUUCGACGUCGUCGAAGCUGCGCUGCCGGCCAACUGGUUCCGAGAGACGUCGGUGCAAACGGUCGCCACGAUGGAGACGCUGGAUUACAUCGAAGUCGCAUUACCGCCGGUCCAUGCCUCCGCCGACAACGGCGAUACCGCAAUGGCGUCGAUGGACUACGUUGAAGACGCCGAGGUACCAACACUAGCGACAGCAAGGUCGUAUUUGGACACUUGUGACCACAUUGAGCUUGCCGAGUCGGCUACAUCGGCGGCUCAAACGCCCAUGGACGCAUUUGCCUCGUACGAUCACAUCGAGGUGGCGACGCCCGCGCUCCCGCUCUCGACAACCGACGUAUGGACAAACGAGCCAACAUCGGUGGUUGACGCUGAGCACAAGGACGACGACAGCGCAGACGACGGCAGCGCCGAUUUGGACGCGUUCUCCGACCAGCUGCUCCUUGGCGGCUCGGCGCCGUUGGAGGACGAUAUCGUCGUUCAUCAUGAAAUCCAAGUAGCUCGCGCUGUCGACAUAUUCUCCCAGCAGUACGACUACGUGGAGGUAGCGCAAGCGCCGCGCGCACUUUGCUCUCCGUCAAGCAACGACAACGCCGUUCCGGUGUCGGUGACUACGGAGAGCGAUGCCGUUGCUCCUCUAGCCUCUUCAAGCUUUGCAGUCGGUGACGUCGGUUGCUCACAUCAACGUAUCGACGUGCUGGCUAAUUUCUCCCACGUGGAGGCUGCCGAGGCGCCUGCACACCGAGACCAGUCGUCGUGGGCCAUACCCUCAACGCCACUUGACGCAUACGAUCACGUCGAGCAAGCCCAAGCGCCGACUGUGAGCGUCACGACUGAGCGCGUUGAAGAGCUGCCACCGACGCCACACGUCGAUAUUGACGCCCUUGUCAGCACACUGUGGCACAAUCUUGAGCAAGACGUCUGGGCAGACGUGCUCCGCGCGGCCACUGCUGAAGCGCCCUCCGUCGAAGUCAAUGGUGAGGUCGGCAAUGACACGACCGACGAGCUCGUCACCGAGACGCCCGACCCUGUCGAUCGGCUCGUGGAUGAUAUCUUUCGUGACGUUAUGGACGACGCGCUGCUGUCACUGCGACGUCCCGGCCCGCGGCAGACAACUGUAGCACGACCAUCGACGCCACCGACGGCGCCUGUGUUCAAAGUCGACACACUGCGCGACAUGACGGCGUUCAAAACCGAGUACACGCUGAUGACGCAGGCGCGUCAAGCCUUUGACUGGCGACAAAUCGAUGCCGCUUUGGUCGAUGGUGUCGACAUCGAGCUCCCAGCAAGCACACUAACGGCGCGUCGGCGGCUGAUGCAAGAUUGGCAGCGCGAGAGUGCGCCGUCGUCCGCACGACCGCUGGUCGACAACGUUCCGAAAAGUGUCAAGGAGCUCUUGCUCAACGAUACGUCGGAUGCUGCCGUUGCGUCGGUGACAUCCCGCCUCGUCAAAGGCACCGCCGACUCGGAGGCACGAAUAGUCGACGCCAUUUGGAGGGAACUGUGCGCUGAGGCCGUUGGAGGCAGUCUACGGCCAGCGCUCGACACCGCGGAUACGUGACCAUCGAGGUCGUUUUGAUAUACCAGUAAUAUAUGUCUCGCAGAAGAGAUAAGAUGAGAGACUCGGAGCUACACGCGAGAGCC